GAGAAGGGAGGAUCAAGUAAAGACAAUUGAGAUUCACCCAGCGCUUUAGUAUUCUAUCCUGAACCCGCCUCUGUUUUUGUCUGUAUGAUUGACACUGCUCCCAGCCAAUGGAGUGGUUAUCUCUGUGAUUGACACUGCUGCCAGCCAAUGGCGUGUCUCUCUGCGCUCUGUUCUUAGGAGACAUUGGUGGACUGGUGUGAUGAGAAGGAGCUGAACCUGAUUCUGACCACCGGGGGAACAGGGUUCGCCCCCCGUGAUGUCACUCCCGAGGUACAUGGGGACCCCAAAGUUUGUGUUUGUGUCCAUGUGAGUGUGGAUGAGUGUCCACCCUACUGUAGAUGUAGUGUAAGCUGUUAGCUAUGCGUGCACGUGUGUGUGUGUUGGUUGGCACCUGCAUGGUCAAUGUGCAUGUUUAUGUGUGAAUUGUGUUUGUCAAACCGUAGAUUGUCUUGUGUUUUGUCAGGUUUUUUACAGUACGGAUAAAUAAAUGUUUGUGUUCCACUAUUUUAUUUUCCAUAUGAUAUAUUUUGCAUAUGUUGUCAAUGUGUGUAUGAGUGUGUCAUAUUCAAUUUUAUGGUUGACUCUGUGUGUGUGUGUGUGUGUGUGUGUGUGUGUGUGUGUGUGUGUGUGUGUGUGUGUGUGUGUGUGUGUGUGAGUGUAUGUUCAUUUGCUUGUGUGUGUGUGAGUGCAUGCAUGUGUGGAUGCGUGCGUGUGUGUGUGUGAGAGGGAGAAAGCGCUUGUGACUCCCUGGAGAUUACUGCUGGCUUCUGGCUGUGGAUGUUUUUCUUUCUUUCUUUCUUUCUUUCUUUCUUUCUUUCUUUCUUUCUUUCUUUCUUUCUUUCUUUCUUUCUUUCUUUCUUUCUUUCUUUCUUUCUUUCUUUCUUUCUUUCUUUCUUUCUUUCUUUCUUUCUUUCUUUCUUUCUUUCUCGCUCUCUGAUAUGUCCUAUCUUUCUCUUCUUUUUUAAUAAUGUGCAUGUUUGAAGUGUCAUUCAACUCAAGGGCACACAACAUCACUACUCUUAAAUCAAUUCCACUGUCCCCCCCAUGGUGUGUGGAUCGAAAAAACAGGAUCUGCUGGAGGGAAUUUAUCCCCAGGGGACACACACACACACACACACACCACACACACACACACACACACAACCGAGGUGAGGGGCUUUGAGAUAAAGAAAGAAACAUCAGGGAUUAAAAGGAAUCACUGUUCUAAUCUGUCUUUUAGCAUGGUGGCUAUGGUUCUGCUCAUAGGAGUAGUAAUUACUGCACUACUUUCACUAGGCCCCAGUGGAUGGAGCCUUGCAGUCGGUUACUACAGUAGGUUAAGCCUUAGCUUUUUCCAUGCAGUUAGGUUGUAAUCUCAGCCCUGACCUUAGACCUUUUUGCCAGUUAGGCUGUAAUCUCAGCCCUGACCAUAGACCUUCUUGCCCAUCCUUGACCCUGCUGUAGGUGAAUGUAAUAUUUGUGAGGAUAACUGUUCAGUACAGUAACCAGUGUCCCCUUCCUCCCUUCCUCUCUUCCCAUGCUGCAGGCCACCAGAGAGGUGAUAGAGCGCGAGGCUCCAGGGAUGUCCCUGGCUAUGCUGAUGGGCUCCCUGCAAGUCACACCUCUGGGCAUGCUCUCCAGGCCUGUCUGUGGAAUCAGAGGCAAAACCCUCAUCAUCAACCUACCUGGCAGCAAGAAAGGCUCACAGGUAAAAUCUGGUGUGCGUGUGUGUGCACGCGCGCCAAUCCCAUAGACCUGCUGUAUUACUGUCCUUGAACUCUAACCUCUGACCCCUAAUUCUCUCCUCUUACAGGAGUGUUUCCAGUUCAUCCUUCCAGCUCUGCCCCACGCCAUUGACCUGCUGCGUGACGCGGUUGUGAAGGUGAAGGAAGUCCACGAGGCCCUGGAGGACCUGCCCUCACCCCCACCACCCCUCUCCCCGCCCCUCACCCUCAACAGCAUCGCCUGCACCCAGACAGAGGACAAGGUGACACUCUUUCGCUCUCCUCCUAUGUGUUUGCAUUUCUUUUUGGAAGAAAAAGAGGGACACCCCACACCGCAUGAUAAUGAGAGGUCCCUACAUGAUAAUGAGAGGUCCCUACUGAUAAUGAGAGGUCCCUACUGAUAAUGAGAGGUCCCUACUGAUAAUGAGAGGUCCCUACUGAUAAUGAGAGGGCCCUACUGAUAAUGAGAGGUCCCUACUGAUAAUGAGAGGUCCCUACUGAUAAUGAGAGGUCCCUACUGAUAAUGAGAGGUCCCUACUGAUAAUGAGAGGUCCCUACUGAUAAUGAGAGGUCCCUACUGGAUAAUGAGAGGUCCCUACAUGAUAAUGAGAGGUCCCUACAUGAUAAUGAGAAGAGGUCCCUAUGAUAAUGAGAAGAGGUCCCUACAUGAAAGUGAGAGGUCCCUACUGAUGAGAGGAGGACCCUAUAUAAUAAUGAGAAGAGGUCCCUAUAUGAUAACGAGAGGAGGUCCCUACAUGAUAACGAGAGGAGGUCCCUACAUCAUAACGAGAGGAGGUCCCUACAUGAUAACGAGAAGAGGUCCCUAUAUGAUAACGAGAGGAGAUCCCUACAUCAUAACGUGAGGAGGUCACUACAUCAUAACGUGAGGAGGUCCCUACAUCAUAAUGUGAGGAGGUCCCUAUAUGAUAACGAGAGGAGGUCCCUACAUCAUAACGUGAGGAGGUCCCUACAUCAUAACGUGAGGAGGUCCCUACAUCAUAACGUGAGGAGGUCCCUACAUCAUAACGUGAGGAGGUCCCUACAUCAUAACGUGAGGAGGUCCCUAUAUGAUAACGAGAGGAGGUCCCUACAUCAUAACGUGAGGAGGUCCCUAUAUGAUAACGAGAGGAGGUCCCUACAUCAUAACGUGAGGAGGUCCCUAUAUGAUAACGAGAGGAGGUCCCUACACCAUAAUGAGAGGAGGUCACUAUAUGAAAGUGAAAGGUCCCUACAUGAUAAUGAAAGGAUGUCCAUACAUGAAAUAUAGCUGCUUCGCUGUGCUUUAUUCCUGCACCAUAAUCACAAAGUUUCCACUUCGCAGAAGUCUUCGUCAAUUUGUGGCAGUACUUAUUUUUUAUCAUUAUAGCUAUAUCUGCUUUUAAAAUGUUUCUUUUAUCCAUUUAAAAAAUAUAUAUGUUAUGAAAUACAGCACCGUUAGUUGUGGUUUUCUCUAUGAAUUGUGUUUUCUUAAUAAAGUGUAUUAUUAUUCUAAGGGUGUGCAGUGUGAGGAUGAUGAUGAUUAUGAUGAUGAUGAUGAGAAGAUGAAGGACAGCUGCUUGGUGUCUACCGAGGACCACCACGCCCACCACCACCACUCCCACUCCCACUCCCACGGACACAACUCACACAUCACCGCCGCCGCCAUCGCUGCCAAGGUAAACACACAAUGGCCUGUUGCUGUUUCUCAUGUUAAAUCUCAAGUUAACAUCAACAUGGAUAUCUCAGCCCGGAAGUUCUUUAUAAAAUGAAUUAUGAUCAUUACACCCAGAGAAAGGAAGGGAAAUCUAGCAGAAAUAGAGGGAUAGAGGGAGGAGAAGAGAGGAAGAUGAAUGGGUAGAGAGGAAAAUGGAGAGGGAGGGCUGAACGAGGGAUAAGAGGAAGAAAAUGAGUUAUGUAUUGUGUUCACUACAUUAUCAUCUGAUGUCCCUGUUCGCUACAUUAUAAUUUCAUGUCCCUGUUCGCUACAUUAUCACCUGAUGUCCCUGUUCGCUACAUUAUCAUCUGAUGUCAAUGUUUGCUACAUUAUCAUUUGAUGUCCCUGUUCGCUACAUUAUCACCAUAUGUCCCUGUUCGCUACAUUAUCAUCUGAUGGCACUGUUCACUACAUUAUUAACUGCUGUCCAUGUUCACUACAUUAUCGUCUGAUGUCCCUGUUCGCUACAUUAUCAUCCAAUGUCCCUGUUCGCUACAUUAUCAUCCAAUGUCCCUGUUCGCUACAUUAUCAUCUGAUGUCCCUGUUCGCUACAUUAUCAUCUGAUGUCCCUGUUCGCUACAUUAACAUCUGAUGUCCCUGUUCACUACAUUAACAUCUGAUGUCCCUGUUCACUACAUUAUCAUCUGAUGUACCUGUUCGCUACAUUAUCGUCUGAUGUCCCUGUUCACUGCAUUAUCAUCUGAUGUCCAUGUUCGCUACAUUAUCAUAUGAUGUCCCUGUUCACUGCAUUACUGCACCUGUGUUGAUCCUUAAUUUUGAUACAUCAGUACAUCAGUGUGUGUUUACCUGUCGUGUGUGUGUAUAUGCCUGUGUGUAUAUGCCUGUGUGUGUGUGUAUAUGCCUGUGUGUAUAUGCUUGUGUGUAUAUGCCUGUGUGUGUGUGUAUAUGCCUGUGUGUAUAUGCCUGUGUGUAUAUGCCUGUGUGUAUAUGCCUGUUAUGUGUGUAUUCAUGUUUCAUCCUGUGUUGACCAUCCAUCACCAGAAGGGGAAGCCCCAGCACCAUAACCAUGCUGUUGUCAUGGCUAAAGAUAGCCAGUAUCUACCUGGUCUGGUAUCUAACCUCCCUCCCGCCCCACCUCAUUACACCUGCUCCUGCUCUGGAGACCAGCCGGUAACGGUAAGACCCCUCAAAUCUACCCACCCUCAUGUCACACGUCGCUCCUACAUCACAUACCACUGUACUCUGCAUGCCACCCCUCCCAUAAUUCCUCCCUGCAAACUUGAACACCAUGAAUCUCAAAAGUGCUCGAUCCGAGGAGAGGAAUCUUUGGAGGUGAGGAUGCGAGGAAUGAAGAAGGACUUUUGAGAUUCACCCCAUCUUGUAUAGGUCAUGACGUGUGUGUGUAUCGCCAGGACAGUGUUAUUAGCGCUAGCUGGGUUAGCUUGUGUUGCUAAUUAGCAGAGUGGGGUUCAGUGCUGGGCUGCCAGUAAAGCCUAUGGUGAUAAUUAGCACAACACUAACCCCUUAGCGCUCCAUUGGAAACCCCCUGUAAAUCCCACUGGCUCUCUCCCAGGGCCCACUAGCACUGCUCAAAUGAGCCGUGCGGAUCACAGUCGCAGAUCCACACAUCCACAGCAGCAGCCCUGAGGGGAAACUGUGGGCCUGCCUGGCCUGUCUGUCUCCUCACAGGCACAUACUCUGUCUGCACUGCAGCCAUACUGUGUAUGGUACACACACAAACAAACACACACACACAAACACACACACACACACAUAGGGUUUAACAUGCGUCUGGAACUAGUGUCUAAUGAUGUUUAGAAUGUAUUCAUAUUGUUAUAGUUAUUAGAAAAGUCUAACUGGCCAAUCAGAAAACAGAUGACUGACUGGCCAGACUGACUGACCAAUCUGUGUGUGCUUUCGAGAUGUCUUUUAUCUGGUUGUGUGUGUAUAGUACAGUGCUGUUUGUGUGUGUAUAGUACAGUGCUGGGUGGUUAUAGUACAGUGCUGUUUGUUGUGUAUAGUACAGUGUGUUUGUGUGUGUAUAGUACAGUGCUGUGUGGUGUAUAUACAGUGCUGUGGUGUGUAUAGUACAGUGCUGUUUGUGUGUAUAGUACAGUGCUGUUUGUUGUGUAUAGUACAGUGCUGUUUUGUGCGUGAUAGUACAGUGCUGUUGUGUGGUAUAGUACAGUGCUGUGUGUGUGUAUAGUACAGGCUGUUUGGUGUUAUAGUACAGUGCUGUUUGUGUGUGUAUAGUACAGUGCUGUGGGUGUGUAUAGUUACAGUGUGUUGUGUGGUGUAUAGUACAGUGCGGUGUGGUGUGUAUGUACAGUGCUGUUUGUGUGUGUAUAGUACGUGCUGUUUGUGCGUUUGUAUAGUACAGUGCUGUUUGUGUGUGUAUAGUACAGUGCUGUUUUGUGCGGUGUAUAGUACAGUGCUGUGUGUGUGUAUAGUACAGUGCGUGUGUGGUGUAUAUACAGUGUGUUGUGUGUGUAUAGUACAGUGUGGUUUGUGUGUGUAUAGUACAGUGCUGUGUGUGUGUUAGUACAGUGCUGUUGUGUGUGUAUAGUACAGUGCUGUGUGUGUGUAUAGUUACAGUGCUGUUUGGUGUGUAUAGUACAGUGCUGUUGGUGUGUGUAUAGUACAGUGCUGUGUGGUGGUAUAAGUACAGUGGUUGUGGUGUGUAUAGUACAGUGCUUGUGUGGUGUAUAGUACAGCUGCUUGUGUGUGUAUAGUACAGUGCUGUUUGUGCGUUAUAGUACAGUGCUGUGGUGUGUAUAGUACAGUGCUGUUUGUGCGUGUAUAGUACAGUGCUGUUUGUGUGGAUAGUACAGUGUGUGUGUGUGUGUGUUAGUACAGUGCUGUUUGUGCGUGUAUAGUACAGUGCUGUGUGUGGUAUAGUACAGUGCUGUUUGGGUGUAUAGUACAGUGCUGUUUGUGUGUUAGUACAGUGCUGUUGUGUGUGUGUAUAGUACAGUGAUGUUUGUGUGUGUAUAGUACAGUGCUGUUUGUGUGUGUAUAGUACAGUGCUGUUUGUGUGUGUAUAGUACAGUGCUGUUUGUGUGGUAUAGUACAGUGCGUUUGUGUGUGUAUAGUACAGUGCUGGUUGUGUGUAUAGUACAGUGCUGUUUGGUGUGUGUAGUACAGUGCUGUUUGUGUGUGUAUAGUACAGUGCUGUUUGUGUGUGUAUAGUACAGUGCUGUUUGUGUGUGUAAGUACAGUGCUGUUUGUGUGUGUAUAGUACAGUGCUGUUUGUGUGUGUAUAGUACAGUGCUGUUUGGUGUGGUUAGUACAGUGCUGUUUGUGUGUGUAUAGUACAGUGCUGUUUGUGUUGGUAUAGUACAGUGCUGUUGUGUGUGUAUAGUACAGUGCUGUUGUGUGUGUAUAGUACAGUGCUGUUUUGUGUGUAUAGUACAGUGCUGUUUGUGUGUGUAUAGUACAGUGCUGUUUGUGUGUGUAUAGUACAGUGCUGUGUGUGUGUAUAGUACAGUGCUGUUGUGUGUGUAUAGUACAGUGCUGUUUGUGUGGUGUGUAUAGUACAGUGCUGUUUGUGGGUGUAUAGUACAGUGCUGUUUGUGUGUGUAUAGUACAGUGCUGUUUGGUGGUAUAGUACAGUGCUGUUUGUGUGUGUAUAGUACAGUGCUGUUUGGUGUGUAUAGGUACAGUUGCUGUUUGUGUGUGUAUAGUACAGUGCUGUUUGUGUGUGUAUAGUACAGUGCUGUUUGUGUGUGUAUAGUACAGUGCUGUGGUGUGUAUAGUACAGUGCUGUUUGGUGUGUAUAGUACAGUGCUGUUUGUGUUGUAUAGUACAGUGCUGUGUGUGUGUAUAGUACAGUGCUGUUUGUGUGUGUAUAGUACAGUGCUGUUUGUGUGUGUAUAGUACAGUGCUGUGUGUGUGUAUAGUACAGUGCUGUUUGUGUGUGUAUAGUACAGUGCUGUUUGUGUGUGUAUAGUACAGUGCUGUUUGUGUGUGUAUAGUACAGUGCUGUUUGUGUGUGUAUAGUACAGUGCCUGGGUUGUGUGGGUAUAGUACAGUGCUGUGUGGUGUGUAUAGUACAGUGCUGUUUGUGUGUGUAUAGUACAGUGCUGUUUGUGUGUGUAUAGUACAGUGCUGGUGUGUGUGUAUCAGUACAGUGUGUGGGUGUGUAUAGGACAGUGCUGUUUGUGUGUAUAGUACAGUGCUGUUUGUGUGUUGUAUAGUACAGUGCUGUUUGUGUGUGGUAUAGUACAGUGCUGUUUGUGUGUGUAUAGUACAGUGCUGUGUUGUGUAUAGUACAGUGCUGUUUGGUGUGUGUAUAGUACAGUGCUGUUUGUGUGUGUAUAGUACAGUGCUGUGUGUGGGUAUAGUACAGUGCUGUUGUGUGUAUAGUACAGUGCUGUUUGUGUGGAUUGUACCAGUGCUGUUUUGGCGUGUAUAGUACAGUGCUGUUUGUGUGUGUAUAGUACAGUGCUGUUUGUGUGUGUAUAGUACAGUGCUGUGUGUGUGUAUAGUACAGUGCUGUUUGUGCGUGUAUAGUACAGUGCUGUUUGUGUGUGUAUAGUACAGUGCUGUUUGUGCGUGUAUAGUACAGUGCUGUUUGUGUGUGUAUAGUACAGUGCUGUUUGUGCGUGUAUAGUACAGUGCUGUUUGUGCGUGUAUAGUACAGUGCUGUUUGUGUGUGUAUAGUACAGUGCUGUUUGUGCGUGUAUAGUACAGUGCUGUUUGUGCGUGUAUAGUACAGUGCUGUUUGUGCGUGUAUAGUACAGUGCUGUUUGUGUGUGUAUAGUACAGUGCUGUUUGUGUGUGUAUAGUACAGUGCUGUUUGUGUGUGUAUAGUACAGUGCUGUUUGUGUGUGUAUAGUACAGUGCUGUUUGUGUGUGUAUAGUACAGUGCUGUGUGUGUGUAUAGUACAGUGCUGUGUGUGUGUAUAGUACAGUGCUGUUUGUGUGUAUAGUACAGUGCUGUUUGUGUGUGUAUAGUACAGUGCUGUGUGUGUGUAUAGUACAGUGCUGUUUGUGUGUGUAUAGUACAGUGCUGUUUGUGUGUGUAUAGUACAGUGCUGUGUGUGUGUAUAGUACAGUGCUGUUUGUGCACACAGUUUUCCUCUCUUUUCCUGUGUGAGGAUGAAAUAACUACUUGUGUGUGUUGUAGAUAUUGCUUACCCGCUCUUUGUCUGUCUGUGUGUAGUAGUAAAUAUAACUAGAUAUAACUUCUAUCUCCAUAGAUCCCAGACAGCAUCAUCUCUAGGGGUGUGCAGGUUCUUCCCAGAGACACAGCUUCUCUGAGCACCACGCCCUCCGAGUCGCCCCGCGCCCAGGCCACCUCGCGCCUCUCCACUGCCUCCUGCCCCACGCCCAAAGUAAGACACCUCCUGUACCUAUACUUAUACCUACCCCGCUGCCCAUCCAUCUACCCCUCCACCACCCCCCGCCACUCACCCGGCCACGCCCAGUCCUCUCACAUCCUAACACUACCCUCCCUCCAUCCAUCUUGCUGCUGCCUCCCCCUCCCUCUGACCCAUCAAGGCUUGGACUCCCUCGCUCUCCCCUCCUCCAUGAUUUUACGUGGGCUCAUUUAUUGUAUCCCUUUGGUUCUGUAA